AUGGCAAGCCGUGCCAUCCGCAUUGGCUUCGUGCCCGAACACUACCUCCUCCCCCUUCAUUUCUGCAACAAACACAACCUGUUUCCCUCGUCCCUGCAGAUCAACCUUGUCCCGUUCCCCUCUGGCACUGGCCACAUGAUCACCUCCCUUCGCUCUAAGGAAAUCGACCUCGCAAUCGGGCUGACUGAAGGCUGGGUUGCCGGACUCCUUAAUCCCUCGGUUCAAGGACAGUCGCUACAAGAGAAAGGGUACUCGAUUGUCGGGUCAUGGGUGUCUACUCCUCUUCGAUGGGCCAUCGUCACCGGAAGAAAUCGAGACGAUAUUUCGUCCGUGGAUGAUCUGAAGCAACAUCGACGAGUGGGCGUCAGUCGGAUGGGCAGCGGUAGUCACAUCAUGGCCUUUGUUCUUGCACAACAGGAAGGGUGGCUUCAUCAGGCCAAGGACCAAGAGUCAGAGGGGCUCACGCUUGUGCCACUGGGACCCUUUAAGGAUCUUCGCGACGGAGUAACCGGGAACACUGCAGAUUUCUUCAUGUGGGAACAUUUCACUACCAAGCCCUAUUUCCACGGCGACGACACGCCCUUGAAGAAGAUUGGCGAGAUUUACACGCCCUGGCCGAGCUGGCAUAUCGCUGCUUCGACUGACGCAUUUCCCGACCCGCGCUCGGAUGAGACCCUGAAGCAGAUUUUCGAUGCGUUGGAUAAGGGCAUCAAGAUGUUUAACGAGGAUCCAGACGCUGGCAUCAAGAUGCUCGGGACAGGUGAGGCGGGUUGCCAUUAUUCUGAGGAGGACGGUCGGGAGUGGUUGAAGGACGUGAAGUUUGUGCAUGGGACGAGAGGGGUGGAUGCAGGGGUGAUGGAGGGAGUGGUGGAUGUUCUCAAGACGGCCAAUAUCAUUGACGCCAAUGUAGUGAUCCGAGUGGGGGAUGGAGUCAUUGGGAUUGCGAAGUAA